AUGAUGCUCGAUAGAUACAAGCAAGUAGGUCCAAUGAGUGCGAAGAAUCAUUAUCACCGGACACAACUUGAGCAGAAGGCGGUGCCUCUAGGGACCGCAUACAGCCUGGCGCACAUGCUUCUUACACAUGGCUGUUUUUGCGACUAUAUGAGACGUCAACGGAGUACCCCACCGCCGGCUUCAUCUUCGACCAAGGCUGCACUGCCUGUUACAACAUCGGCGAGCCCAUUAGAACUGCACAGAACUUCAUUAUCUGUCGGUGCUAUCAUUGGAGCGGUCCUGGGUGGGAUCAUGGUAGUGCUGUUGAUGUUACUGCUCGUGCGAUCGUUCUGGUAUAGACGCAAGUCUGGGCAGGGGAGUGGACAUGCAUCUUCCGAUCCCGAUCCCCUUCUCGAUGCAACAGAUGACACCGACGUUACACAGAUGGCUCAAGAGAUACCACCUGUUCUGGACAUCUCAAUGGCAACGUUGCUUAGUAUUGCCCCCGCCACUCCUACCAUGCCCGCACUGCGGAGCUCCACCGCUUCCCCUACGCUCCAUUCUUCUUGCCCACCUUCCUCCAACGAGCUUACUCUGCUCGGUCUUAGUGCCGUUGGUGACGGUAUCGUCAGCACCAGCACCGGAGGAAAGUCGUCCAGGUUCUCAGACCCAUACCCGGCGCGUCCUCCUGUCAUUGCAGCGGGCAUUGCGACGGCUGUACCAUUAUAUGAAGGGCAUACUAGUGACCCCGGCAUGCGCUCAACGCUGCCUUCGGAGAGUAGUGUCACAUUGGUUUCGGAUCCGCCACCCCCUUACAUGGCCGACUGA